CCGACCGGAAGUGCGUCUGUUUCCCAGCUGUGCUGAAAAACAAAACAAGACAAACUGCGACUGCACCAUGAUGGAUGAGCUGGUGCAAGACCUGGUGUCGGCUUUGGAACAGACCUCAGAGCAAAGUAAGCUGGGGGAGCUGUGGCAGGAAAUGGUCCUGAGUCCUCUGCACCAGCGCCGGCAGGUCCGCCGCAGCAGAGGCCGCAGACGCUAUCGUCAAUCUUCCCUCUAUCCUAUGCAGCACAGACGCUGUUGGAUUGAGGCCUCGGAGUCCAGCUUAGACGAAACUAAAGGAAACAAGAAGUCUUCCUCAACCCUCGCAGCCUCCGUGGCCAACUGCAGUGACUCUGACGACGUGACUCCAACCAACCGAUGGCGCUCUGUAAUGAGAGGCCCGGUCAGAAAUAGGCAGCCCUCGUGGCCAGAGUCCGACUCCUUCACCGAGAAUAAUCCAGGACGGCAGCUCAGGAGGAGGAGGAAGGUCAAACGUAUGACCUCAGAUGUCACAGUUAGGUUGCAGCAGAAGUUAAAGGUUUCCAGUGUAGAUGGGAAAAGAAGACAGAAGCCGUCCAGGAUGCAGCAUCUGGCGGGAUCCAAGAAAAGGUCUGGCAGUUGGGUGGCAGCAGACCGACCGACUGAAGGAGCCCGGCUGAUGGGGAAGGAGUGCUGGAAGAGAAAGAUGGCCAAGGAACACAGAGAUGCUGCAGAUGAGAACAUGUCUGAAGGGGAAACCAGCAGCACAUGCAGCAGUGACCCUGGCCUGUUCACCAAUGAUGAGGGGAGACAAGGCGAUGACGAGCAGAGCGACUGGUUCUUUGAGGGGGACUGCGGCGUUGGGACGAGUGUAGCCAGUCUGCUGCCCGGCUGGGACUCAGACAGCCAGCUGGACAACCGCCCCCCUCCCACCUUCCUGCAACCUGCAAGGCCCCCUCAGAGAGGGUAUCGGUAUCAUUCACGCCUGAAGCGAGUGCCUGGCUCUGCUGCCUGCUGCAUGAGGAGGGACAGGAGGCGGCUUCCCAGCAAGAGCCAGGGCAUGCCAGUGUUUGUAGAGAGACUGCGACAAUACUCCCAAGAUCCUUACCAGAGAGACUUUUGGCGGCCUCCUGUUGGAAAGCGAGACAGAAGCCAGUUAAACCCUUUGUGCCCAUUACCUGUGUGUCCUGACAUGGUGUCAGAGAGCUCCGGUCUCAGCUGUUCUUCCUCAAUCUGCAGAAGCAGGCAGACUGAUGUCUCCUGUGCAUACCAGCACCGCAGUGACAUCAGGAGGAGGAAAACAGAAGCGGUGUCCGUCACAACAUCAGCAAGCAACCCAUUUCACAAGGAUCACCGGAGAGAAGAGGCACAGGGAGCCAGUAACACCUCAACCCUAGUGGGACCAAGAGCACCAGGUUCACAGAGUUUACCUUUCCCCCUUAGGGACUGCGAGGAACCUGCACGGGGCUGGACAAGCACACUGAAGUGACAAAUGAAAAGAUAUUGUGCCGGCGAAUGAAAAGGCCUCUCUUGCUGCACAAACUAUAUAACAAAGGAAAAAUACAAAGCACAUCAUUACUCCUCAAAUCAGCAUGUUAUUGCUAGAUCCAGUCUUUUCAGGUAUUGUAUUAAGCAUGACAAAUGUUAAUGCAAUCAAGCCUUGUUAAGCCAUCUCCUCAAAGCAGCUUCAAGAGGCUCCUCGUUCCAUUGAAGACUGGACGGCUCCUCCUGUUUCCACACACUGGCUCCAGGGCCACCUGCUACCACACAAUCCGACAAUUAUGUCCACUGUAGUAGCGCGGCGUUUGUCAGCGGGAACACUGGGAGGAUGCUGUGGUCAGGUUUAUGGCACGAAGCUACUGUAGCUGCGAGACAGGAGAGCAUCAGAAUGUUUAGCUACCACAUGCUGCUACAGGGUUCAGAGAGCGACCACCGGUAGAGAGCCACACAAAGUACAGGGGUCCGAUUAGCAUGGUUUUGAAAAGCUACAGUUUGUACAAAGGUGCUCAUUAGCACAACACAGAGGGAGCGUAGCCUGCGUCCUCUGAGGGCUGCUUUUGUUCUCUAUAGCCUACCUUCAGCAUUUAAAUUUCCCCAAAUGUGUGUAAGUUCAAGGCCAGCUGCAAACCUGUUUGAACAGUGUGUUUUUCAGGAGAGGUGGAGAAGUGGGGACAGUGGAAAUGAGAUGCAGAAGCUGUUGAAAAUGGGAAAGGAGAGUUGUGCACUGUAUGUUCACCUACCCUUGGGGUAUACAUUUCCCUGAAUCUCUCGUCAUCAGAUGCAUUAAAAGAUCAAUGGCAUACAGUGAGAUCAAACACGAGACUCACAGAGCUGAUAAACAAGCCGUAUACAUUCUCUUAUACAUAUUCUCUCCUGGGGUUUGACAUUUCAAUAUAAAGUGUGUUUUUUAAGGACAUUUUAAGAGACACAUCAGAGUGAAUUUGUGCAACAGUUUUUAAAACUCUUAUCUGAAAUCUUUCCCAACACCAAAAAGGCAAAGGUAUGCACUUUCCAUAAUGAUUGCAAGAUGCCUUUAUAGUAGAACGAUCCGCAUUAUCAUCAGCCACAUUCUGCAUGUCUUCUCAGACACUUUAAAGCCUUCUCUGAGAGAAGGAUCGCAUUUAGUAGAAUGAGAUUUGCCAAUUAACGUGAGUUAUACGUCCGCAAUAAUCCGUCUGAGAAGGCUUUAUGUGAUCAUGUUGGCCAGGGAUGACAUUUAUAAAUGCUGUGUGUGCACACUCGUCUAAAUGGAUGCCUCACACAAGACAUCCUGCCACAGGAAUCAGUCAAAGUGUUGAGGCAAAGAGGACACACACGCACGCACACACACCUGGCUACAGCUGCUGCAGCUUGACCAAACAGUCCAGCAGCAUAGUGGGAUAUUCACACGUCACAAAUACGUGAACCACAUUCAUAAUCUGAAGUUUUUUAUGAAUACAUUGGUUUCGUUUUUAAGACAUAUGCCUCUGGACACAUUGACAGGUAUUGACUGUGUAGUGUUUUAGGGAGAGCUUCCCACCAUUCCCUUCAUCAGUCUGUGUUUUGGUGCCAAGGCAUUGACAGGGCAGGAAGAAGCAUCUGUUCCAUUAGUAGCAGGAGGGGAAACACCUCUCCUGCCUCUCUGGUAAUUAGAAGUCCCCAUAAUGACAUCUCAGCCAGACUGUAGGCCCCAAAAUGUAUUUCUAAGGGCCAGGAAGUGGGGGGAAAUGGCUUCCGCAAAGCCAGUCAAUUGCCCUGUUACAGUUAAGGAAUCCAGCAAGCCAGUACCACUCAUAUUUCAUCCCAGGUAAAGAUUACCUGUCAGGCCCAUGGGAGAUGUAUUGAUCUGUUUUCCUUUUUCCGCCAGCAAUCACCUGACAAAGGCACCUAGGAGGCGAGUGAAUGAGUGAUGCCCGGUCUGUGUGCUCCGGUGUAGUGGCUGCUAGUGUCCACUGAUGGGGGGAGAGGUGUUGAGGAAGGAGGAGAGAUAAUGCAGUCAUAAACUCUGUUUGAACCUCCUCUAUAUGCACACGGGGCAGCCCCUUGGUCCUCGGGUCACAGGUCAGUGGGAAAUUAGCUUUUUUUUUGGGGCUCCUUUCUUAUCAAUGGCGUUUGUUCUCUCUGUGUAGUGAUGAUAGAAACACAUGCAAAAGAGGCUCUCUGGUUCCUGCUGACAAAUGCAUGUUGCGAGUCACCGUAGUUCAACUCACUUUGGGUUUCAAAAGUGACGCUGUUUGAUCUGGGCACCUUUCUUUUCACAAUAAAAUCCAUCCUUGUGUGGUCAGGGUUUCCUGUGAUUGUCAGCAUGGAGAUGCUGCACUAACAAUCUGUUUGACAAUUAUUUUUGGCAGCUAAACAUAUUUAUAUAUUUGCCUUGUUCAGUGGAAUGUCAGACUUGAUCGUAUCCAUGAAGCCAUGCAUUUAAAGUGAUUGCACUGUAUAAAAUGUGUAGUAUUUAUGAUGUGAUGCAUAGUUAUAGCUCCAUUAAUUGAGGAUUUAGGUCGGAGGACAUUAAAUUAAUAAAUUCAAUUUCAUGAUAGAUAGUAGAGUAGAUAUGUCUCUUUAAUUUUUUACUGUCGUAUUUUUUAAUUUCAUUUACAAGGAAUUAAAUAUAUCUCCCUGAUAUCAGGGCUCUUAGGCAGCUAUCCACAUUUGAUACGUAGUACAAAUAGCAUCUUAUCUCGUAGGCUGUUAUCUUCAUAUUUAAUAGCAGUGGAGGCAUGCCUAAUUGCUUUGCAAAUGAUCUAAAGAGGAUUACUCCUUCCUUAGAAAGCCUGCAUGGUGUCACUAGAUGUUAGAGAGACAUGACAAUGGUAACAUUCAAUCAAAGCUGCAGUGCAGCGUUUAUGCAGUAGCUCUGUUUUCUAUGAGGGUGUUGUUAGGUCUAAAUAAGUAUCAGCAUGAGGUGGAUACUCUGGUUUUUAAUAAACUCUAUACGAACAGGAAAUGUGGACUCCUGCAUAAGAAGUUGGUUGAUGAAAUUGUAGUUUUAUUAAUGUCUUUGUAUUGUCAUGUGUAAUUUAAAUCUUUUUUUUUAAAUGAUGUAAUGCCAUGUCAUUUGUGAUGUUUUAAUCAUUCCUACAUGUCGUGAGUAUUUACAGAAAAAAAAUCUGCAUUGUCUAUUUAUUUUAAAUGCUGAAAUGUGUGUGCAAUAAAUUAGUGUUGAUGAUUGUGCAAAA